UCUGACUUCACUUCUAGGCAGCCCACAAUCUCAAUAUAAUCUCCUCCGCCACGUUUCUUUCUUUAAUACACACAAACUACGUUCUACUUUCAACUCGAAAUAUAACUGCAGCUUCUCUCAACCUCGACAACCAUGGCCGAUGACGCGAGAGUGGACAUCGGACAACUCACCGAAGAUCAGCAGCUAGCCCUUCAACAAUUCACAGCCGUCACAGAUCAGGAUGUGAAGGAUGCGAUACCGUUAUUACGGCGGUGUCAGUGGAAUGUACAUAUAGCAAUAGCUCGAUUCUUCGACGGUGAACCUGCCGAAGACCCCGUAGCUGCGGCCCCAAGCUCGAAUACCCCCCCUCCACAAGACUCGCGACACCAGGAGACUCUCCAAAAUGGUUUCACGAAUUCUCCCCGCUCCUCCACCUCAAGUCGACGGCGGAUAGACCCGGCGCCACGAAUCGUUCCACAAUUGGAAUCCCAAGUUACGACACAGGCCCCCCUGCUUCUCACUAUAUUGUUCACGCCAUUCAACCUAUUAUACUCGCUCCUCUCAAGAUAUUUCCGCUUCGUUGGAUAUCUGUUUCCCUUCGUGCCACGGUUCUGGGGACGCUUAACCGCGAGCAAUAUUAAUACUCCCGCAUCGCGGAGAACAACUGGUGGACGAAGGCCUCUGAAUCCGAGAGACACUGCGGCUCGCUUCAUACGGGAGCUCGAGGAAGCGUAUGGAACCAACAAUUUGCCCUUCUUCGAGAACGGAUACGCCCAAGCUUUUGAUCUUGCCAAGAAGGACCUAAAGUUCCUCCUCGUCAUCCUAGUCUCCCCCGAACACGACGAAACCUCCUCUUUCAUCCGCGAAACUCUUCUCUCCCGAGAAGUCAUUGACUUCAUCCGCAGUCCUGAAAACAAUGUCAUUCUCUGGGCCGGCAACGUUCAAGAUUCGGAAGCAUACCAAGUCUCGGCUGCACUGAACUGCACCAAGUUCCCUUUCGCUGGCCUCAUCGUCUACACGCCGCAAGUGUCGUCCUCCGCAAUGGGUGUUGCAACACGCAUCACCGGUCUCAUGCCCCCGGACCAAUUCGUUUCUAAACUCCGCCAAGCAAUGCAGUCACAUGCCGAACCUCUCUCCCGCGUUCGCGCCCAACGCGCUGAGCAACAAGCCUCGCGCAACAUCCGGCAAGCCCAAGACUCGGCGUACGAGCGUUCGCUCGCUCAAGACCGAGAACGCGCUCGCAAGAAGCGAGAAGAAGCAGAACGACAAGCACGAGAAGAAAAAGAAGCCCUUGCACGCUCGCUUGCCCAAGAGCUUCAAGCGCGGAAUCAAGAGCAGUGGCGCCGAUGGCGCGCAAGUUCCAUUCCAGUGGAGCCUGGCAAUGACGUUAAGGAUGUGGUGCGGAUCAGUCUAAGACUGCCAGAUGGAGAAAGAGUGGUCAGGAAGUUUCGCGCUGAUGCAGAUAUCGAAGAAUUGUAUGCCUUUGUCGAGUGCUACGAUAUCCUUCAGUCUGAAUCUGGCAUACGAAGGGUGGAGACUGAGAAAGUUGAUGAACCGAAAGGAUUCCAGCACGAGUACAAGUUCCAACUUGUCUCGCCCAUGCCACGAGAGGCAUACGAACUCAAAGCCGGAGGCUCGAUCAAGGAGCGGAUAGGCAGGAGUGGGAAUCUCAUCGUGGAGCGGACGGACUUAGAGGAAGACGGUGAGUCUGACGAUGACGAGUAAUUCAUGAUAUGACUUGUGUACUGUACGCUUGCAGCAUUCGGCGGCGUUUUCGGCUGGUGGGGCAUUGGCUUGGGGUUUGGGUUUUCCUUUGCAACCCUGGAUUAAGGUUUUCAUGUGUAUGCAUGUAUGCAUGUAUGCAUAUCAGGUUAGUGAAAACAACGGAACGAUUUUUGUCGGACUUGAUCGAUCGCCGGUCAUUUAGUGAGACCUUUGC